AUGGUGCGGUGCAAGGGCGCCGUUCUCGUAUUCUUUUUCCCCUCCAUCUGGUCGUGGCCCACGGACCCACGGAGCCAGAGGGAGGAGCGCGAGGAGGCGUGGAGGUUCAAGCGGGCGCAGGACAGGGCGCGCCUGGAGCGAGAGGUCGAGCGCGCCCGCCUCCACAGGCUGCGAGCGGACAAGGCGGAGCGGGACGCGGACAACGUCCAGCCCCUCGCGCACGAGCGCGCCACAGACGCGGAGGCGGCCGCCGAGGCGCGGCGAGACAGAGCGGCGACGAGCGAGCUGGCCGCGCGGACAAGGCUGCGGGAG